GCACAGACGCACUUGCCACCCUCUCAGUUUUAUCGGCAGCCUCUCAGGAGAUCCUAGCAGCCGCUGAACUUUCAGCCUCCUGUUCGGCUGUCUUCCUGCGAGUGCUCCUUCGCGGCAAUGCCACCGUUGUCUCCUUUUUCAGGUAAGAUUCUUUACACUUGAAGAUGCCGCUCUAUGGGAAUAUUAUUGUAAUUAAACGGAAUGGGACUGAUGGAAUUACUUUUCCACUCACUGCAAGUUGUUGUCUGUUUGGAAGGAGAACAGAAUGUGACAUUCGCAUCCAGUUGCCUCAGGUCUCGAAAGAACAUUGUAAAAUUGAAGUAAACGAAAACAAGGAGGCAAUAUUGACUAACUUAAGUACAGUAAAUCCUACGCAGCUGAAUGGUAGUUGUUUUCAGGAACCUGUACCUCUGAAGCAUGGAGAUGUGUUAACUAUUAUUGAUCGUUCUUUCAGAUUUGAAUAUCCUCUCCAGUCAACUCCAAGAAAAAGGCGUUCUAGAACUCCAAAAGAAGAUGCACCACAGCAGGUGGCAGAAGAGGAAUUAUUGCAGAAACGAACUUCAGGAUCUAAAAGUCUUCGUGCUUCAGAUAAUGCUGAUGGUGGAGAAAAAAAUGCCGAUGAAAAUAAACAAAGUACAGAGGAAAAUAUUUCCAAAGCUUUACCCAUCAAAUCUCAAACACCCAAAUCUUCAAACAGAAUACGUCAAUCUUUUAAAAAGCAGAAUGAAAUCUCUCCCUUUAGUAAACUCUAUGAAAAACUGAAACAUGAGAUUAAAGCGAAAAAACAUCUGCAUGAGGGAAAUGCAGCACAACAAGCUGCAAAAGAGGAUGGUAACACUGUUCUGCUAGAACCAAGCGCUCUGAUUUCAUCAUCAGGUUGUGUUUAUGAUCUCGGAAGCCUGACUAAAGAAAGAGAAAUGUGUGGAAGUGAAAAUAUCGAAGACUGUAGAAUAAAAACAACACAAGAAGUAAUCAGUUCAGAAUUUAACCAUAUCUCAGUAGGAAGUGCUACCAGGAAGAGUUUGACCAGAAGUCCUCGAACACGUGUUUCAAAGGAGGUAUCAAGAGAUACUGGGAAAAGUAGCUUGCAAGAUCAUAUGGAACUAAGUACAGCAGACAAAUCUAAAAGUACUGAAGUUGCAGCCAGACCCAGUAAGAAUAAUGAUGGAAAUGCAGUGUUUUCACUGAAGCAGUGCCCUAUAGAAUCCUUGGACUAUGCAGAGAGAUUGAAAAUAUACAGCUCUGCAGUAUUAUUGGAUAAACCGGAGCAAACAACUGACACGAAUGUUUCUGAAGUAGAUAAAAAUGUUCUGUCUACACCAACGCCCAGAAGGAAGAGUCCUCGGUCUCUUUUCAUAUCGCCUGCCAAAGAAACUAGUGGAAUGAAUCUUGUAAACACUGAUACUCCAAUAAUUCAACGACGUGCAUCAUGGAAACGUAAGUCUUUUUCAGAAAUUUUGGCAGAAACUCAAAGGGAAGAUUCAGUGUGCAGAAAUGACGGCCUCAAACAACUGCCUUUGACAGAAAAUAAAUGUUUAAAACAAAGACAAAAUAGUAAAGAACAUACACCAGAAACACCUGUAAAAGAAGAAAUGCCCAAAGAAAUUUGUGAUCAGGAAAACUUUAUUAACACAAAAGGAGGACGUUCUGAAACUCCUGUCUCUCUUUUCUUUGGGGACAACAGUCCCCGAAGAAAUAGCAGGCGAAGUAAAACAGUGUCAAACACAAGCGUCCAUUCAGAGACACCAAUUUCAGAAGAGUUAACAUCAGAGCUGGCAUCUCCUGAUAGUCAGAUAUCUAAGUCUGGAAGAAAAAGGGGUAGGCCAAGGACAUCUGGGCUGCUACCUGAAAAAGCAUUGGACUCGAAUGUUGUUCAAGAACAUCAUGAUAAGACUACAGGCAGAAAGGACAGUGGAACUAAAGAAUUGCGGACUGCAAGUGGGGAUCACCAGAAACUAGAUUCAGAAGAUACCGGUGUUGUAAGGUCUCGUAGAUUGUCAAAGAGAAGAUCUUCUGGAAGUGCUACUGUGCUGCAAGAUAAUGAGGCUGUCUCAGAAAUUAAUAUUUCUGGCCUAUUGGUUGGAGAGGAAUCGGGCAACUCAAGAAGGGUAUCUCAGAAGAGGAAAAGCGGUGACUUGUUACUUCAGCCUUCAGGAAAAAGAAAGAGAGUGUCUUUUGGUGGUCAUCUAAGUCCAGAACUUUUUGAUAAAAGUUUGCCUCCCAACUCACCCCUUAAAAAAGGUGCAAUUCCUGCGAGACUGAGCUUACCGUUUGGAAACUCUCCUCGUGCAGUUCUGAAAAAAGCUCAGGGACUGAAGCCCUUUGCAGUCCAGGAGGUUUCUGAACAUUUGCAGAAAGAAAAAGUAUCACCAAAACAUCUGCCAACCCAGAAGUCGCCAACUGCCUCCCCUGUCUCUGGGAAGGCAACGCCUGGGUUUGCUUUAGGCUCUCCAGCACCUUACAGAAAAGGACGUUUCUCUAUUUCUUGCGUCACGACACAAUUACCAAUUGCAGAAGAGAAGGAUGCUGUUGCGGAAGACAUGAACACAAGGGAGAAAAAUGAUACCCCAGUGAAAACACCUCAGUCUUCUCACAGUAACCAAGAUGAUAAAACCUUUGUAAAGGCUACACCUGACAAAUUAACAAGAAGUGCACAACCUGCUUUGAAGGUCACUUCCACGAAGAGGAGAAGUGGGGCUGUAGCAGUUCUCAAAGCAAAAAGAAGAAGUGGUGCCUCCAGUGCCAAUUUACUAGUUGCAAAGUCUUGGGCAGAAGUGGUAAAAUCAGGUGUUGCAAGACCCCAGUCCAAGACUGUUAAAAAAAGUGUCCGAAAAAGAAGGUCCCUGAAGAAGAUAAUGCAGUCAUCAAAGACUCCAGAAAGAAAAAUAAAAGGUCAUUUUAGUACAGGUCAUGCAGAGUCACCUGCUACAAUAGUUGUAGGUAGAGCUUAUGCCACCACAGUCAGAACGGCUGGACAGGUCCCUAAAGUGGUGAAAAAUCCUCUCUUGAAGCUGGACAUGAACAUGGAUGAAAGCUUCACAGGAAUGACCGAAAUGUUUCAAACCCCAGAAAUCCAGAGUGGAAAAACAUUACCUUUGGCCGCUGUUCAGAAGACUGAUUUUACACCAACAUGUACUGCAGAUGAUAUUUCUGAAUUACACACUCCUGAAGAGUCUGGAGAGAUGGUGGUGUCACCCUUAAGUGGUUCGGAAGCUUCAGAACGGCAACAAAAUACUCUAGGCAUCUGUUACAUUCUGAGAGACAAGUCCCUAAAGUCUAUGUUUGAUGCAAUAUCCACAAAAACUCCCCAAAAACCCGAAGAUACACUAGAAGAAAAUAUUAGCAUGGAUAGUUCGUUAGUAAUUCCAGAAAAACAAGCAUCUCUAGUGAAAUCAGUAAGUAAAAGGAGGACUCCAAAGCAGAAGUUGGAACCAUUUGAGGUCAUGUCAGGAAUCAAGCGGAUUUUAAGGACCCCAAAGCAAAGGUCAGAAGCAGUAGAGGACUUGUCAGGCAUCAAGCAUCUUCUGAUGACACCACAGCAGAAGCCAGAUCCAGCUGAGGUCCUGUCAGGCAUCAAGCAGCUCAUGAGAACCCCACAGCAGCAGCCAGAGCCAGCUGAGGUCCUGUCUGGCAUCAAGAGGCUCAUGAGAACCCCGCGGCAGAAGCCAGAUCCAGCUGAGGUCUUGUCAGGCAUCAAGCGGCUCAUGAGAACCCCAAAGCAGAAGCUAGAGCCAGCUGAGGUUCUAUCGGGCAUCAAGCGGCUCAUGAGAACCCCAAAGCAGAAGCCAGAGCCAGCCGAGGUCCUGUCGGGCAUUAAGCAGCUUAUGAGAACCCCGCGGCAGAAGCCAGAGCCAGCUGAGGUCCUGUCAGGCAUCAAGCGGCUCAUGAGAACCCCAAGGCAGAAGCCAGAGCCAGCUGAGGUCCUAUCUGGCAUCAAGGAGCUUAUGAGAACCCCGCAGCGGAAGCCAGAGCCACUUGAGGUCUUGUCAGGCAUUAAGCAGCUCAUGAGAACCCCGCAGCAAGAGCUGGAACCUGUUACAGGUGAACUUGCCUUUGAAAGUUUGUUGAAGACUCCGGUACAAAAAGAGGAAGCUGCAAAAGAUGUGGCAGAUGUUGAUUUAAUCAAGAAAACUCCAAAGCUGAAAUAUCAACCAGUAGAAGACAUGAUUGGGAUUAGUCGUAUUUUCAAGACACCAAAGGAAAAAGUUAAACCCGUAGAAGAGAUGUUUGGUAUUAACAGACUAAUGAAGACACCGAGGGAGAAGAAUCAACCAGUUGAUGACUUCGUGGGUCUGCAAAGGCUUAUGGCAGAACCCAGGCAGAAUUGUUCCAAUUUGGAAGUGGACUAUGUUGGAGUUAUGGAAAUGUUUGAUACACCAGAGGAAAUUAAGGUCAGGUCAAUAAAUGUUGUGGAUUCUAAGCAAGAAGAUAGCGCACCUCCUUGUACUAGUCAUAAAUAUGGGGUAAAAGAAAACCAACCUGUGCUAGAAGAUAAAGGAAAUAUUUCACAAGGUGAAGAUUCUGAACAGAAGGAGUCAACUAGUGACCAGUCUAACCAGAGACCAGUCAGGGGCAAACGACGAAAAGCAGUACCUCCUGUUUCAGCUAAGCUGUGUGAAAAGAAUUUCAAUUUAAAAGAAUUGCAAGGUCUGGAAAAAAUGAGCACCCAAGAGGAGAUUGAGGACAUCAGUACUUCAACUUCAGUAACUAAAAAUGAAGGAAGAGGAAGGAGAACAAGACGUUAUGUAGAAGAAGAAAUUGUUUCAAAGCACCUGGAUCAGGAAAAAGUUGAAGCUGUUUCAUUUGUGGGACCACAUGGAGCUACUCAAAGACCCAGAAGAGGUAAAAGGAAAGAAUUGCAGGAGUCAAAGCAUCCAAGUGAGAAUCAUGAGUCUUGUGGCAAAGAUUCUUCAAUGCUACAAAAAAGCCCUGCAAAUAUGAAACAGACUUUGCAGGAAUAUGGCAUCAGUGACAUAUUAGAAACUAAAGAUGAUCCAACUAUGAAGACAGUAAGUGUAUCUAGUAGCUUUCAAAAUGAAAAUUUUCAACUGAGGACAGGUUUAGAAAAAGCUGAAAACAAAUCUAACGAAGGUGGUGUAGAAGACAGUGAAGAAAUGUUUCAGUCACCUGGGAGGAGGUCUAGAAGAAUAAAAAAGGUAGAAAACACAGAACCACUGGUUCCACCUAAAAGGGGAAGAAGGGCUAGAAAUGGUCAAGUUAAACAAGAUUCUUCAGAGGACCUUCAUGGGACAAAGAAGCUUCGCAAAGACCCAUCAGCAAACAUGACACUAGGAAGUGAACAGACUUUUGACAAAGAUACUGAGACUGCUACAGCUGAAGAAUCUGAAAACAGAACUGAACUUGAAAUAAAGAUAACAGGGAAGAGAGCUAAGUCUUUAAGAAGUGCUAGAAAGCAUGCAGCUGAAGGAAAUGCAGAUGUUUGCCGUGCAGCACUUGAAAAUAUAGAAAACAUUCAGAAUACCAGGGAAACUUCAGCUGAAACUGAUAGUGAAAUGCAAUCAUACAUCAAAAAUCAGAUUAAAGUAUCUCAGGGAGAUAAAACAGAAAAUGCUCAGGAAAAUACAACAGAGGCAUCUCAAAGAUUAAAAGCAGAGUCUCCUGGAAUGACAAACGAAAUAGCAGUUAGUGCUCUGAACUUGGAAACAAACAGAGGUGCAAUGCAAGAAACAAAAAGAACUAGAAACAGGAGAGGCAAAAAGGAUUCUUUAGAGAAAAAGCCUGAUGAAUUUGCUGAAGAUGUAAACAAUGUAGAACUGGUUACUCCCAGACUGAAGUUGGAAACAGAAAUGGAUGAAUCUUCUCUCAAAGGUUCUUUGAGCUCUGUUUGUGUCAAGAAUACAUACAAAGUCACAAAGGACCAGAACAACCCAGCUGGCACAUCAAUGCCUACUGCAAAUAGUGACAGUCUUGUUCAAAGCCGUCAAAAACGGGCAAGAAUUGAGCAGGGAACUGAAAUCCUUCAAGAGAAGCAAUCACAACAAAAUGUAAUGGUACAUAGGAGAGGUAGAGGUAAAAAAGUUAAUUUUGUACUUGAAGAAGCCAGUUCCAAAGCGGCCAGAGGAAAAAGGAGUUUACCUGGGACUGAUGAAGGAACGACUCACAAAGACGGUCAACAUGAGACUUGGGAAAAUCCUGCUUCACAAGUAAGGAGGAGCAGAAGAAAGCAAGUUGAUUCUACACCACACGUAGCUUGUUCUACCUUUAUGGAAAAACAAACGCUAAUUGCAGAUCAUGGUAAAGAUGAAGCUUUUGUAAUGGAGCAAGAUACAGCUUCGGAAGCUACUCCCUCUUCAACAGGAGACAAUCCACUGAGACGAGGGAGAAGACGAGAGGUUGGUGCAACAUCACAAACAUCUAGAUUUCUUUCUACCAGAAAGAGGCGUGGGUUGCUAGAAGGUGAUGAUGAAAACAUGACUGUGAGAGAAGAUCAAAAUCCAGCUUUGGGAAAUAAAACUUUGCAGGCAAGAGCAAAUGCAUCAGCAAGAGGCAAAAAGAAAAAAAUUGAUCUAGCAGCAGAGGCAGAAAGUUCAUCUUCUCUCCAGACAAAAUGUGGCUUCUCUGAAACUGAUGUUAAAGAGGACACUACUAAUGUGGAACAAAAUAUGCCUUUGGAAACAGUGUCCUGUGCAAAACAGAAGCCAUUAGGAAGGGGCAGACGGAAAGAAACUGCUCUAGUAUCACUCAGAACUAAUGACCUUUCUCUUAGAGGAAAAUGUAGUUUGUCAGCAGAUAAUGGUAGUGAAGAAGCUCCGAAAGAAGAUCAAAAUGUUCCAUUAGAAACUUGUGAUUCAUCUGUAAAAGAAAACCAACUGAGAAGAGGCAGAAGGAAAGAAACUACUCUGGCAUCACACACAACUAAUUGCAUUUCUCUUAGAGGAAAACGUGCUUUGCCAGGAAUUCAUGGUAGUGAGGAGGCUCCUGAAAAAGAUAAAAAUAUUCCAUUAGAAACCUGUGAUUCAUCUGUAAGAGAAAAUCGACUGGGAAAAGGCAGAAGGAAAGAAACUGCCCUCUUGUUAGAAGCCACGAGGUCUAUUCAAGGGAAAGAGGGUUUAUCAAAAGAAAGUGAUCGGAAGAAUAAUGGAAAAGCAAAAAAGCUAUGUUUGGAAAAUUCGAUUUCCCAGGAAAAAACUGAUAUUUCAGAAGGGAACUCCAAGCAAACAAUCACUUCAGUGGCUGUUAGUUCCACCUCUCUUCGAGAAUUGCUGGAAGAUGGUAAAAAUGAAACUCCUAAAGAACAGCAGAGUAUCCUUUUGGGAGCAGCUUCAUCUCCAAAAGAUAAUCCAUCAAUAGUGGGCAGAAAGAAAACAAUUUCUUCCAAAUCUGAAGAAACUACUAGUUCCACUUCUCUCAGGGCAAAACCUGUCUUGCCCCAAGGUAAAGGUCAAAAGAGGAUUCUGAAAGAAUAUGAAGAUACAUCUCUAGAAAAUAAUUCAUCCCAGGAAAACACGAGGCAAUUGAGGAAUAAAAGGAAAAAAGUACAAUUCACGUCAGAGGCAGCUACUUCUAUGUUUAAGAAUGGUGACUUGCCAGAAAACAUUAACACUUUGGAAACUCAAGAUGUGUGUUUGACAUCCAGUGGGUCUGAAAAAAAUAAUCAGACUGGAAAAGAGGUUAACCCUGUAAAACAGGCAACUUCCACUUCUUGCAGAAGAAAAAAUCCGUUGCCAGCAGAUGACUUGGCAUCCAAAAAAUUAAAAGCAGACAAUGAUGAAAAUACAUCACUACCAAAAGAAAGAAGAAACAAAACUAAAGAAGAAUUUAGUGAAGACAAUGUAAGAGCUACUCGGACUGCUGGAAGGAUGGGCAUGAAGACAAGAUCAAGCGCAAGAACAAGUGCAAGAACAAGGAACUAGUCCCAAUAGUCACAGAAGCAGUUUUAAAAUCAAUUCAGUAAUUGAAAUUGCAGGUUUUCAAUGUGAUUUGAUUUGCACUCAGAUUUUGUAAAGCAAUCAGUGAAUUGUAUUAUCAAAAUAUAUUUCUUAACUGUUUACAGAUACAGCGUAGAUAUCUGUUUUAAUAGCUUUGUCUAUGUGUAGUGGUUUUUAAACUAUGGGGUGCUUGUGCAAAACUUGCAAACAUAAAAGUGAAACAUUUUGUAGCAGUGUUUAUCCCUCUUUUUCUGUUGAUCGGUAAAGCAGUCAGGAAGCCAUGUUACUUUACUGCCAGUUUAAUUGUAAGCAAUUUUCUGUUUAAAUUUUCAUGUGUUUUAAGUCUUAUUUUGAAUUAAAGUUCUGUAAAUAUUCUUUAAAAAAAACUAUAGCUGUAUUAGCAGAACUAUUAUGCUAAAAUUUUGAUAUUUUUUUUUUUUAAAAAAAAAUCUUAAGUUCCUUGUACUGGAAAGUGCGGAUUUUGAAGUCAUUAAAUUUGUAAACAAUCUGGAACCUGUGCACUUUGUGUUCUUACAAACAGUUAAGAAUGUGUAAUUACUCUUGUCCUCCUACAAGCGUAUUUCAAAGAUUUGGCCUUUUUAGCUACUUGGCACAUUUUUGAAUGUAUGUCAUGUAUUUCCUGCACUGCAGAGCCUUCUCUUUGUAAACACGGCCACACUGCAGCACUUCAGCCGUAAGAGAGUGCUGACAGGAGAGACCAGAGUAGCGACUGCAUGAAGUUGUGAUGUUGCUCCUUUUCAUAGGGCUGCAAUUGAUGUGAAGUAGCUGGUGUGGUUUGGAAACUGCUUUUAGAGAUCAGUGUCUGCAGUGUAUUAUGGGUCAAGGCAGUGUGCAUUUGUCUUCAAAGCUGGUGGCUUCCUGUUGGUACAGAAAGGGAGAAAUUCAUCAUCAAAAUCAAUUGUGCAGUUUUAAGACCAGAGUUGAAUGUUUACAUUUUUAUUGAGUCCAGAAGGAGCUACAGAGAUUUCUAUGGAAGGAUGUUGGAUACUAUGUUUGGAUGUUCUUGUUAGCUCUUCUUUUUGAGAAUGAUAAUGAACUCACUUCAGGUCAGUUCUUGUUUGUGAAGUCUGUUCUCUUCAAAAUCCAAAAUGGUCAGAUUAAGGAAUGCAAUGGGUGCUGUCCGGGCAUUCAGAGCCCAGGCAUGAUAUGAUAUGAGGAGUUAAAAUUUAGUUU